AGGAGAGAAAAUGCCGAUAAACGGCAUUUCCUUAUUUACAUGCGAUCAGCUGUGAUUGGACACAGCUGAUCACAUGACCAAGCCAACAUCUUUGGCUCUUUCCGUAGAUCGGUGAUCCAAUGUGUCUGAGGGACACAGCGCACCACCUAUUGCCACGCUGAAUGCUCCCUGAGCUGCCCAUGCAUGGUGAGAAUGGGAGGACAUCAUAUGACAUCCUCCCAGAACAAGAGAACCACCUUGCACCUGUCAUUGGACUAUAUGGUGGGCAGGAGGUGGUUAAA